UACGCACCGCAUAAGUGGACACACCAACCAUGAAAUGACAAAAAAGAGGGACUGUAGUUCUUGAUGGAGGGUGUGUCCCUAAUGUCUGUGUGCGCGUGUGUGUGUGUGCGUCCGUGCGCGCAGUAAAGGAGGAGGUCUUCUCAGGCAAACCGAUCCGGCUCUCUCCACCCUUCUGCUCAGCGCUGCCAGCCGACCUCAUCCGCAAACAGUCCGCCGUAAACCUACAACCGAUCACUCUCAGACGGCUCACAUCUGCACUGCAGCGACUUAUGAGGACUUUUCUACGACUUGUUUUCCGAGCUGCACUGCGGAAAUCGCUCUGAAAUCACACGGGACCAUCCUGCUGCUCCAAACCAGAAGUACCAGCCACAGGAAUCUGUUUACGCGCGCGCGUGUGUGUGUGUGUGUGCGUGCGUGCGUGUGUCCGCGGCAGUCUGACUGCUUGUCUGCGUGUGUGAGUCUUCAUCCUCGGUUCAACAAUGUAUCAAGUGGCGAGGAAGCUGUUUUUCACGGACUGCCGGUGCGCAGAGGAUGCGUCCAAAACGUACGAGGAUUUGUUCGCCAAGCUGGACUCCAACAAGGACGGCAGAGUGGAUGUGUCCGAGCUGAAGGCAGGCCUCGCUGCCAUGGGCAUCAAGACUGCGAGGGGCGCAGCUCAGAAAAUCGUUGCCUCCGGAGACCAAGACAAGGACGACGGGCUCGACUUCGGCGAGUUCACCAAGUAUCUGAAGGAGCACGAGAAGAAGUUACGGCUCACCUUCAAGAGCCUGGACAAAAACAAUGAUGGUCGAGUAGACGCUAUGGAGAUAAAGCAGUCGCUCGCCGAUCUGGGACUGGACAUCAGCACAGAGGAGGCACAGAAGAUCCUUCAGAGUAUCGAUGUGGAUGGCACCAUGACUGUGGACUGGAAUGAAUGGAGGGAGCAUUUCCUGUUUAACCCAGCCACCAACCUGCAGGAGAUUAUCCGCUACUGGAAGCACAGCACGGUGCUGGACAUUGGCGACAGCCUCGCCAUCCCAGAUGAGUUCACAGAGGAGGAGAAGACGACGGGUCUGUGGUGGAAGCAGCUGUCAGCGGGGGCCAUGGCAGGCGCCGUGUCCCGCACAGGCACCGCCCCGCUGGACAGGAUGAAGGUGUUCAUGCAGGUUCAUGCCUCCAAGAGCAAUAAAAUCAGUCUGGUCGGUGGUUUUAAGCAAAUGUUAAAAGAAGGAGGCUUGACGUCUCUGUGGAGAGGAAACGGUAUCAACGUGCUGAAGAUCGCCCCUGAGACGGCCAUUAAAUUCAUGGCCUAUGAGCAGUAUAAGAAGCUGCUGUCCAGUGAACCAGGGAAGGUCAAGACCCACGAGAGGUUCAUGGCUGGAUCGCUGGCUGGAGCCACAGCACAAACUGCCAUCUACCCCAUGGAGGUGCUGAAAACCCGUCUGACCCUGAGGAAGACCGGACAGUACUCAGGGAUGUUCGACUGUGCCAAGAAAAUCCUGAAGAAUGAGGGAGUGAAAGCAUUUUACAAGGGCUACAUCCCCAAUAUUCUGGGCAUCAUCCCCUACGCUGGCAUAGAUCUGGCGGUGUAUGAGAGCUUGAAGAACCUCUGGUUGUCCCAAUACGCCAAAGACACAGCCAACCCCGGCAUUAUGGUGCUGCUUGGCUGUGGUACUAUAUCCAGCACAUGUGGCCAGCUGGCCAGUUACCCCCUGGCUCUGAUCCGCACCAGGAUGCAGGCACAAGCUUCAGUUGAAGGGUCAGAGCAGCUUCCCAUGAACCUGAUGGUGAAGAAGAUUGUGGAAAAGGAAGGCUUCUUUGGACUUUACCGUGGUAUCCUGCCCAAUUUCAUGAAGGUGAUACCGGCUGUCAGCAUCAGCUACGUGGUGUAUGAGUACAUGCGGUCUGGCCUGGGUAUUCAAAAGUAGGCCGCAGAGUCGUCUGUGGCCGUGUUGAACGUUAGAGGAUGUGGAUCAUUUUGCGUUAUUUCAACCCGUCGUAUAAAGAACUUGUUUACCUGUAGGUCACCAAAGUCUGGACUCAAACUGCUGCAGAUGGAGCCAUUGUAGAAGUUUUUCAAGUGAUUGCAGCACUUUGGCUGAACUGUUGAGCCAUUAUAUAAAAAAAGGAAGCCUGCAGUGCUCACAUAGAGCUGCUAAUGAUUAAUCUGACUUCUGCAAUGUUUUCAACGGCAUGUUGUUUGUCCAGCGUGCGUUUAGGAUGCAGCCACAGAUUUACACUAACUGUCAGUGUCUGGGCCCAGUUUAGGUCAACUGACCUGCAGUUUAAUCAACCAAAGAGGUGGAUAUUAAGAAUUAGAAAAUCAAAUAACACUGGUUAGAGGCUAAUUUUGAUCUAAGACCUUUUUUUUUGUUGAAUUGGGUAGAAAUGUAAUUUUUAUAUCAGUCACUUGAGGUAUGGGUCCAGUUAUGCAAAUACACCAUACAUGUCACAUGUUGUCCUAAUAUUUGACCAAAAGGCACCGUAUUGCACCAAUACAAAAAGUGAAGCACUUCCUGAAGUGGAUUAACACUUUUUUUUGCUACCUUUAUCAAAAGUAGACCAAAGGUUGAAAAUUCAUCUUUACAAUUACAGACAUAUACACAUUAUGUCGUUCCCAGAAUAUUGUGUAACAUGUUACUUGUGAGUGGGGAGCAGUUUCACUGAGAUAUCUGUGGAACCUUAUGAAGUGCAAUACUGUAUUUAGUGUUCGGUGAUUCAUUCUGUUGUGUUUGAGACAGGUUUGGUGUUUUUGGAUUGGUUUACACCCCAGUGUUGUUGGUUUCCCAAAGGUCUCUUUUAUAUCGGAUGUCAUUAUUGCACAUUUUCAGUGAGUUUGGUGAACAGGGGAGUAAUGUGCCUUAUGUGCUUUUUGUCAGAUAUCUGUGGACUUCUCCACCCUCCACUUUUUCUUGCCUUUCUUUUCAAUAUUUGGUUAAUUAGAUGCUGGUGUUUACAUUAAUAAAACAUUUGAA